GCCGGGUCCGACACUACCGCCUGAGCUCUGUCUUGAACCACUGUGCUCAGGGGAGAGCGCGAACGCAGUCCCCCACUACCAGAAAUUAUGCAGUCGAGAUACCCACAUUUGGGGAGUUCGCAGAGGUUCUUUCUACAGUCGUGCAAUGUGUACGGUGACCGUAGAUAUUGUCUACUGUCUGCGACCAAUGAAAACAGCGGAUUGUGAAUCCAGCCGUCCAAUCGCUGCAAGGGGGCGUCAUCCUUUCGCUCUUCUCGCCGCAAUCAAAGGAUUCAAACUUUAGUUUGUUGCUUUUUCUGUUUUAAACAAAUGUAAAUGCAUAAACACUGGAUUUCUUCAGCUUAAAUAACCUACAACCAGCAUACAACGGCGUUGCUUUGAAGAGACCUCCGAGAUGGCAUUGCCGACACUCCGGAUUGUAAAUCCAUCUGCUCCUCUGGACCGUCAGCAAGCCAUUUUACAGGCGUCAAAGGAGGCCCGUUUGUACAGGGAGAGAAAGCUUAGCUUUGCUCUCCCACCGGCACAGCUCCUGAACGAACAUGCUGCAUUUAAUCAUGCAGAAAGGCUCCUUCGAGCUGAAGGAACUUUGGCUCCAUCACGGCAGCAGUGUUUGGGAAAGCUGGUGCUACCUUUUGGCCAGUAUGCCAACGCCCCAUUCCACUGGCUGGCAGAAAAUGAUGUGGGCUACAUGAAGUUUGUGAUCGAUAAGCACAGGGAGGAACUGGCCACGCAACCCAAAAAGAUCCACAAUGGCUGGAUAAAGGACUGCUUGGCAGAAUAUGCAGAGAGCUUCCCUCAGCUGUCAGUAACCCUGGAAGCUAACGUCCACCGUGGCAUCUACGGGCAGAAAGGGUUUGAACACUACACAUUUCAGGAGAUGUGGGAGCUGUACAGCCAGCGUGCUGCCUUGAUGGACAGGCCUCAAGAUUUUAGCAGCAAUCAGAAAGACCUAAUCCUCAGGGCACAUAACUCUGUCACCCGCUGGCUGCACACUCCUGUUACACACAUCAGCAGUGUGCAGAUGAAGCGGUUUAGAAAAUACAUAUAUGACAAAAAGGACCAGAAUUUAAAAUGUACAGCUGAUGUUCCUUCAUGGUCAAGGUCAAAAGUGCCAUCAUCAAGAACCACAUCAACAUCAGCAUCUGCUUCUACCUCUGCCAAGGCUGCCACCACCGCCACGGCUUUCACUUCUGCUACAGCUUCCACCACCGCUACGGCUUUAACCUCUGCUAUGGCUGCCACCACCUCCAUGGCCUUUACCUCUGCCAUGGCUGCCACCACCUCCAUGGCUCUCACCUCUGCCCUGGCUGCCACCACCUCCAUGGCUUUCACCUCUGCUACGGCUGCCACCACUGCUACGGCCUCCACCUCUUACAUGGCUGCCACCACUGCUACGGCCUCCACCUCUUACACGGCUGCCACUGCUACAGUUUUCACCUUUGCCAUGGCUGCCAACACUGCUACGGCUUCAACAUCUACUUUCACAUCAGCUACCGCUUCCAAGUAUGCCACCGCCAUGUCUGCCACUGCUUCCAUGUCCGCCUCCACGUCCUCCACCACCAAACACAAGGAGCCAGUGUCCUCAGCCAUGAGUGACUCUUCUGUUGAACUUGAGGGUUGGGUGCGCUUGUGGGAAAACCCUAAUGGCAUUUCACCAGCUGACCUCUCGUGGGUGAAGGAUGACACAGAAAGAGGGCUCUUCACCAACAUUCAGGUCUACCAGGACAGUACAGGUGUGCUGAAGAGAAGGCGGGUAAUGAAGUCGGACAGAAUGUGGUUUUACCCCCCUGAACCUCCAGGCUACGUCAGCGGGACUGUGCCAUCUCCAAACCUGUUCUUUCGGGGCCGCAUCUUUGUCUGGAGACCAGUUGGGGUGUGGAGAUAUUCACUGAAGUGUCCCCGUGGUAAAGACUGUGUGGGUAGUGGAAACAAGGUGCACCUCUACAAGUCAGGAUACCACACCAAGGUUCGUUACAUCUGUGAUGUAGCCAACUGGUACACGAUGCUGACUGAGGUCCUGUGCUGUGGGCCAUGCACAAAGGAAGGCAGAAAAGGUGCUGGUGCCAAGGUGGGUCGUUGGUUGGCAUGGCAUCCUGAAAUCCUUUGUCAGCUCAGUGAGGCUCACCAAGCCAUGUUCCCUGCGAUUUUAACACACAGGCGUGGUGUAGACAAGAGUGUGAUCCGGCUUCUGCGGGAUCGCACCGAAGGGAACACAAUGAUAAAAGUGUGGCGGCAGGUUCAGGAAAACCACGUGGAGGAUUAUCUCCACAGAAAGGACCUGUACACAACCCUCCUGAUGACCCUGGUAAAACCCGGAGCGAUUGUGUCAGCCUUUAGACACCAGUUUGAGGCUCCACCUCCUCAAAGAGAGAUGCCUUCUGCUCACCUGCUUCGCCACGCCUUCCUUCUCGCUGAGGCCGAAAAUGUGCAGGACUACAGAAGCCAGAUUCUGUCCACUUUUGGCACAGUGCUGAAAAUGGACUCUACUAAAAAGGUAAAUACAGCAAUAUAGAACAUUGUUAAAAAUUUAUAUAUUUUUUUCAUUAACUUACAAUUAUGUUGUUCCAACACCUGCAUGACACUUGAGUGGUUAACAAAAACAUAUAGAGUAGAAUGACAGGUUUUGUCACUGU